AUGGCGGAUGACUGGCGAGAUGAAGAGAACGAGUCUGCGGUCGAGUUGUUGCCCGAUACCGGCCCACGGAAACGACGAAGGAAAGUGACAGACAUUGGGGACGACAAGGCUGCGUAUCCCCGGCGGCGAGCCAUUCUCGCCUGCGAUGUCUGUCGUGCUCGCCGGACCAAGUGCGAUGGACAACGACCGGCCUGUUCGUUCUGCCAGGCGAACAACGCCGAGUGCAGGUAUCGCAAGAUUGCCGGGCCACCUCCCACGAGGCUGGAGACGGAGAUUGGCGCCAUUCAAGAUCGACUCGCGAAUAUCGAACGCCUUCUUUCUGCCGCCCAGGAGAAACACCAACACCAACAGCCAGAGGAACAACACACUGCUUCAAGCUUCGGUGCGACCGUGACAGGGGCCUUAGAGUCUGCUACACCUGCCUCGUCCCAUGGAGCUCAUUACUCCCGUCCAGGGCGCGCGAGGCAGCAGCCUUCCGAGUCGCUCAAUUACCAAUCUCCCACCAUCCAAGAGCUUGAACAGUCAGCAUUCCCUGUCAUGGUGAUCAAAAACCAGUCUUUCAUGAACCUGGUCGGGGUGGAAUAUGACUUAGCCGCAUGUCUCGCUAGACUUGAGAGAUCUGUGCCGCUGAUAAGUCAACCUCGCGAGAAUGGCACUGACCCCUUGCCGCAGUUGCAGAGCGCCUCAAAGGCCCUGAAUGCCUUCUUCGAACAGAUACAUACGUGGUAUCCGAUCCUGGACCUUGACUACGAAGCAAGGUACCUGUCGAUAAUGGAGGGUUCGCUUCGUCCGUCAUCAGAAUCCUGUCUCGCACUGAUUGUCGCUGCACUCGGUUGGCUGUCAUCGCGUGAGGGCACGGAAAAUCAUGUCUUGUAUGGUGAGCAGGCGCUCUCUAUGGUGUCCAGUGUCAUAUCAGACGGCACCGUAGUGGCAGUUGAGGCUCUGGUCUACAUUGCGGUCUAUUACUGCUGCCUUUGCAUCCCGCUGGAGGCGUUUGAGUACAUUGCUGUCGCAUCGAUGAAAGCCCAAAGCCUACUGACCAUUAAUCGGAACCAGAUCUCUGAUGCGGAAUCAGAAGCCCUAAGACGGGCGUACUGGGCUAUAUUGCUCAUUGAAAAUGAGCUGUGCGUGCAACUCGAACUCUUUGAUACCGGGGUUUGGAAUCUGGACGAAUCUACCACACUGCCCCGCGUCCGCGAAACAUGGAGCUCUCCUCAAUCGACAUUCCAUUUCAGCCCAAACACGGAUAUGGACCGGACGUCUGGCAUCCGCCAUGAGAAAAAUGUAGCAGACGCCGACGCAUAUUUCCUCGCCGAGAUCGCCAUGCGGAGGAUCUCUCAUCGCUGUCCCUCGGCGGUCCGUCUCACGCCCAGCCGGGACCUGGUAUAUGCGCCUAUUGUCGCCUCUGAACUGGCAUAUCAGCUUGAGGAGUGGUUCCAUCAUCUGCCCCCAUCCCUGAAGUUUCACCGGCACCAUGAUGUCGGUCUACAAGAAACGAAAGCGACUGUGCUGUUUCUCAGGACGCAAUACUACUCCUGCAUGACCUCCAUCUACUGGCCGGCAAUUCACCAAGUGAUCCAAACCGGCAAAUUGGAGUAUGACCUUCAUGUCGGAUGCCUCAAAUUUUUUGAUUCUUACUACCAAUUCUUGAUGAGUGUUACGGUGUGUGCACAGCACUGUGCCGUCAACAGAUGGACAUUGUUAGCCAGGUUAGUGGGCGAUAUCCUCCCCACCAAAGGUCGCAUGAGAUGCUAA